CCCAGCGCCCCCCCACCUCGGCAUCCUCCCUCCGAGCCGCUGCAGCGCCCGCUCCCCGACUGCUCUGCUCCCGGGGCAGCUGCGAUGCGCCUUGUCCAGAACAUGUGCACCAUCGCCGAGUACCCCCAGGCCGGCAGCGCCAGCGGAGACGGCUGCAGCGGGGGUUCCUCCGCCCGCCCCCGCCUCGUCAAGAUCGCAGUGGUGGGAGCCAGCGGCGUGGGCAAAACCGCCCUGGUGGUGCGAUUCCUCACAAAACGCUUCAUCGGAGACUACGAGAGGAACGCAGGUAAUCUUUAUAGCAGACAGAUCCAGAUAGAUGGAGAGAUGCUUGCUAUUCAAGUGCAAGAUACACCAGGAAUUCAGAUCCAUGAACACAGUCUGGACUGUAAUGAACAGUUGAACCGAUGCAUUCGAUGGGCAGAUGCUGUUGUGAUUGUUUUUUCCAUCACAGAUUAUAAGAGCUAUGAACUACUUAGUCAACUUCAUCAGCAAGUUCGACAGUUACACCCAGGAAACAGAGUCCCUGUUGUUGUUGUAGCAAACAAAGCUGAUCUCCUACAUAUUAAAGAGGUGGAGCCACAGAAUGGACUUCAAUUGGCCAACAUGCUAGGUUGUACUUUUUAUGAAGUGUCUGUCAGUGAGAACUAUAAUGAUGUCUUCAAUGCCUUCCAUGUCCUGUGUAAAGAAGUUAGUAAACAACAAAUAACUAGCACCCCUGAGAAGAGAAGAACCUCUCUUAUCCCAAGGCCAAAGUCGCCAAACAUGCAGGACCUGAAGAGAAGGUUUAAGCAAGCUUUGUCUGCUAAAGUUAGGACUGUCACUUCUGUCUGAGAGCAAAGCUAAGUGGGGGGUUUUAUCUUCUCAACCUGUUGUCAUAAAGUUCCAACUUUGGAAUGUUAAACACUGGCACUAUGGUGUCCAAGGCCGUGUGAAAGAAGGAUGGAUCAGAGGUUCUUUUGAACUGCUGCAGAAAUAAACCAUUGCUUAAAGGAGAAACAAGCAUGAGGCUUGAAUAAACUCCUUAAGUGAUUCUAGCAAGUGAAUGGUAGAACAUCUAUCUUCAUUUUAAAACCAAACUUUUAGUAAUUGAAAAGAAAACAACCCACAAAACUUUAGUCUUGCUUUCCUAGGAUGGGACACAGUUGGCUUGAUGUACAACCACAUCACUUAACUAAGUUUGGUGACCAAAAAGAAAAUACCCUGAACUGCAGCUUACUAAUUGGAAAUAACCAUUUGAGUCUUACAGCUGUAUGCUUGUUUUCGGUAUUGGAUGAAGGACAGCAUGUAUGUAUUUUUAUUGCUCAGUAGAGCUUGAUUUUACCCAUGUAUUCUGAAGCACAAAUAAGCUUGUUUUUAAAAGUCAGUAUAAAAUGAGUGGCUGUGACUGGGUUUUCAUGAUUGUAAAAACAAUGCUACACUAUUUUGACUUGCUACAUUAGUGAGGGUUUGACCAGAAUUUUUGUACACAGAAAUAUUGUGCACAGGGUCUAAGUGUAUUUUAUCAUUACAAAUAACUUGUUUGUUUUUUUACCAUCUGAAAAAUAUUGUCGAGAUUAAUUUUAAAAUGUUACACUACUGCUGCUUUUCAGAUGCAAGUCUUGAGUUGGAAUGAUGAUCCUUGGUAACUGCUCAGUGCAAAACCUUUUCCAUUUCCACCCAGCCCCAUUGUGUGUAGUAAGCAUGGAAGGAACUCUGUCAAUUCAGUAUUGUAUGAUAUACACUGUUGGCUCUAGGCAGUGAAGCUGGCAGGGACGGCUCCAGGCCCCAGCACGCAAAAUGUGUGCUUGGGGCGGCAUGCCGCGGGGG